AUGACAGAUACUUUAGACGAGCCAAACCUUUAUAUUGGCAAUAAUUUUGACCCAAAAGUAUAUGCUAAUUCGACCAUAAAUGAGUCGUCAGAUGGUGAAAAUGAUAUUACUAUAUCUUUGGCAAAAUUGUCCUUUAGCAUAGACAAUCUAACAAAACAAUUACAUGAUGAGGUAGUCACACAUUUCGAGGAUUUACUUUUGCAAGUAGCGGAUAUUCGCGAAUUAGAUUAUACUCUAAAAGUCGUCAGAAACGGAAUUGAAAAUUUGAAAAAAUCUUUAGAAAGUUUACAAGCAAAAAUCUACGCUCCAUUCACACAAAUAAAAAAUUAUACUAUUCAGCUGGAGCGAUUACAAACCGCAAUUGAACUAUUAAGAAGGGUUUAUACAUUUAUGGAAAUUUCAACGCGACUUGAAAUCCAAUUAGCCGAAAUCGAUAACAUCAAUUCGGCUACAGUGACUCAGUAUGAAUUGAUCGCGGCCAUUCUUGGUGAAUUGGAAGUCUUGUUGAAGGAUGCGGAUUUUGAAGGUAUAGAGAUAGUUGAAGAUCAAUUGCCAUAUAUUAAUCAGAUAAAAGAGCGGGUUAGGGAUGAAGCGGUCAAUAUGUUGUACGAUGGGAUAAAAAACAAAGAUGAACCGAAAAUCGCGUCUAGUCUUCGUAUCUUAAAUAGUUUAUAUGAAUUGGCAGCUCGUGUCAUAAGAUUCUCGGAUGAAAUAUUGGAAAAUUUAUCGCUUAAUAUUCAUAAUGGAUUGGAUGUUGUUGCCAUUCAGAAAGAAGUCAAAGAUGCUAGUACUGGGCAGAAAGGAAUGCGAAGAUUAGGAGUGGACACUGUAUCGGGGACGACGACAUUAUGGGCAGCAGCUAUUUGGAAAAGAAUGGAAGUGAUAAUGAACGAAAUUGGUGAUGGAUGUCAGAGUGUUAUGGCGAAUGAAAAAGAUUCAACGAAUCAAAUCUCAUUUCUUGAUGAAGUCUUAAAGAUUCUCGAUAGUGGCCUAGUUCAACAUUUUUGGAAAAUUCUUUCAGUGAAUUUCGAAAAAGAAUUAAAGGAAUCAAGUAGAGGUUCAUCCUUUGUCCAACAUGCAUUGGUCGGUGGAUAUCCAAAACUUCUUUCUUUGUUUCAGGAUUUUUUUGCGAGAAUCGAGACAAAUGAGGUUAAAUCUAAAUCUGAGGAAUUUCAGAGUCAAGCAUAUUUAGUAAUGUUACAUAGUAUAUCGAGCUUUGAAUCUGGAUAUUUGACACGCUCAGUGACACGAAUGUAUGAACCUAUUAAUUCAACAUUCUCCACCGGUCUUUUACGCUCUUCACCGUCGAAAAACGAUAUUUCAAAUAUUGUCAAAAUUAUGUCGAGUGAAUUGGAAAAUGCUAAAGCUGAUACACAACUGAUGAAAUCCGUAGCGAAAAAUAUCAUCAAGGCAUUAAAUCAUGCUUGUGUCAAGGCAGAAUCUAUGUCGGCUAAUGAUCCAUCAGCUUAUCAAGUUUCUGGUAAUGGCCCAGCCACGUUCUCGCAAAACUCUAAUUUCGAACUGGUCAAUGCAAUAUAUUUUUUGUAUCAGUCCUUAUGGAAAAUGUUAGAAGAUUACCCUGAUGUCAUUGAAAUCAUUUCAGAAUCUAUAGAGCGUUUAAAAAAAGUUAUGUUCAACAUUAUGGCGCCAUUAAUAGACCACAUAAAAAAGGAUCUCGAGACAACAAUAUUAAAAAUCUGCAAAGAAGAUUUUUCAAGCAGAAAUCAAACAUCGAAACCAUUUCUUCAUCCGCAGGCUGAAGCUCAAUGCAGUCCUUACAUGACUGAAUUCACUAAUCGCUUAAGAUACCAUCAGAAAGAAUUUCUUUCUCGAUUUUCUUUUGGACAAGAAGGGAAAGAGUGGAUAAAGGGAAUAUCUAAGCGGAUCUUAUAUUUUUGGCUUCUUCAGGCUAGCAUGAUGCGACCGUUGAAUGAAGCAGGAAAAUUAAAACUCACAAGUGAUAUUACCCAACUUGAAUUUUCUUUGAAUCAAUUAUUAGCUGAGCAUGGAUUAAGUCUCAAUGAAUUAGGUCAAGAGUAUAAAGCUUUACGAGCUUUCAGGCAACUACUCUUUCUUGAUAAUUCUCAAUUGGUUUCCACUCAACACACAUCCGCUGUACCACCACUUAUCUUGAUACAUCAUAUCAUUGUGCGGUCUCCCCUUAAUACUCUACAGCUUCCACAUAAGAACUUUGGAUGGUCAGAGGCAGAAUAUUCGCGUUGGUUGGACGAACACACAGAAAUUGAAUGGAUUGAUUUGAUAAAGGGAACAUUGUAUACUGAUGAAUCGAAAAGUAAUGGUACAGAUGUAGGCUUGGAAGAACCCGAAGAAGCGUUAAUCAAAAUGAUAUUAAAGGAACGCGCUAGGGUUGAAUUUUAG